ACGUCGCCGUUCACUCGCAUUACUAUUUUGAACGUCAAACAACGCGCGCGCUUACCAAAAAGUUUAUACCUUUUCAGUGAAGAUUUUUCGUGAUGGAGAAGGAGCACCAACCAGACUCCAUGGCGACCAUAACAAUGAAGCCAGAGUACCCGCCAUCAGAAGUAUACAGUGCCUCUGAGCCACCGCCGGCAUACCGUCAAAGGGUAUCAACAGCUGUACAAAUCGCGAGGAUAGCUGCCUUAACGGUGGUGGCAUCAUCCUUCAUACUGGGAUCAUUUAUUCUGGCUUCGAGUUGGAUCUCUGCUCGCGCCUCUUGCCACCAACUCGAGCAAUUGGAUGCUAUGCUAGAUAAAGAGCUGGCUCUAGAAGGAAGGUCAUAUGGAAACGAUGGAUUACUUGCGGAUGAACCCUUGCCAAUAGGUAACGCUCACGCGUUGCAUGCGGCACCACCUCUAACGCCAUCAUCAACGACUGCGCCACCACAGCAGAACACAGCAGUACCAUCUCCGGACAGUCUGCUGAAGGAGGACCCCCUCAACCAGGCGGAGUCGAAAUUUGAUGAAGACAAGUUACAGAAAAUUGACGAUGACAACUCGAAGCCGGAAAGCGAUGAAAGCUCGGAGUCAGAUAACUCAAGUGAAGAUGAUGACGAUGACCUCAUCAGGCCACUCUUCAAGUUACCGAUUCAGUUCGAUUUGGACGAGCUUGCUGGAGCUUUCCUCGCCAACAACCAAAAAGGGCGCAUGAACUGCGUAGUUGAGAGGCGUCAUGAGGAGCCAAUGGAAAGGCGCUUUCCCUUCAACAUCCUCGGAGCCUUCGCCCCUCGAUCUGCUCAAGCCGAACGUGUCGCUAUCAUUUGCCACGGCGGUGAUGAAAGACCCAUGGCCCCAAUUUUCCCUGACCCACAAUCGCAAGUGUUUGCUUUCCCACUGUCAGGACCUGUCCGUCUCCCAAUCAGACCACAACCAGAGAGACAGCCCAUGCCAGCCCCGGCUCCAGAACCCAGAGGUCCAUUCGCCCCGUUACAGCAUCGCCCUGCGCCAUUCCCGCUACCCAUGCCAUGGGACUCCUCAGAAGAGCAGAUGAACGCACCCCGUGAAAUGCGCAUCCACAUUCAGCGUGUGAUCCCCAUUUCUAAUAUUCAAUCGCAGGCAGCAAACAUGGGACCGUUCGCACCACCACCAGUACCACAGAAUCAGGAACAACAAGAGCGUAUGUACCCAGAGGAACAAAUGGGUGCGCCCCGCGGCAUGCGAGUGAUUGCAGUCCCUGCCCCCCAGAACAUGGCCCCACCGCCAGAGUCCAUGGGACACUUUGCCCCACCCCCACAGGCCCAGCAACAAGACCAAGACGAGCAGCCAGCUGUUCUUCAUCAGUUUGUCCCACAAACAGCACCCACACAAGAAUUAGAACAACCUGAGGUACAGAAGAUGCAAAUGGAAGGUAGCCCGGUACAAAUGAAUCUCCCGUACGACCUCACACAGGAUGACCUGAGAUUGAUCCAUCGCACGGCGCAGGACGCUAUUGACAAUCAACGUAGGGAACAACAAAUCGACAAUGAUAUGCAAGAGCGCGUCUUUCAGGUAAAGACAAUAAUGAACACUCUGGCGGCCGCUGCUCAAGCCGAAGCUGAAGAGUCUCAUAAUGAUGAGCAGCAUUCAGAAGACCAGUACCAACCUCAGGAAACGCCUGCGCAACCCCCACGCGCACCACGCACGUUGCUACUGCCACAGGACAUGGAUGAGAGGCCGCAUUAUAUGCAGCCCCGCUCUGUCCGCAGCGUGGACGCUUUGGUGCCGCGCGAAAAACGCGUAAAACGCUGCGCGUGCAGCUGCGCCUAAAUUAAAACCGUAAUUAACAUUCCGUCCAAUAAAUACAUUUUGUUAAAUGGUUUCGGUAACUGUAAAUAAAUUGUUAUAAAUACCGGUGGUUUUUAAUUCGUAAUCGGUUCCUGCCGACCAUUUUCUUUCAGUAUUAGAUUCAAUAUUUAUAGAUCUAGUUGUAUUUCAUUGUUAUAGCAUUAUGGGCCUUAUUAAUAUGAUUCAAUGUUUGAAAUGUUUGAAUUACCUACAUUUGUGAUUUUAAAUUAAAUUCUAAUUAGUUUUAA